ACCCUUGGCUACAAAAGAUUCAUCUCGUCAUUAACGUGCAUUUUCUUUAAAAAAAAUUACCCCAAAUUUCUUCAAGUGGCCGAAAAUGUCAUUGAUUUAAGAACGAUUUCAAGACAUUCUUAAAAUGUCUUUGGACAAUUCCUCAACAUCAUCGACACCAACAACACCACUAUUUCAAAUAUCACCGAAAGAUGAUUACUCGAUAAAACCAAUAAAAGAAGAGGAUUACAACAACGUGAUACGUUUCUUAAGAAAAUUUUUCUUUCGAGAUGAACCGUUAAAUACCUAUGUGAAGCUUUUAGAUGAUGAAAACGGAACGUGUCCGGAAUUGGAGGAGUAUUCCGUGCAAACAAUAAAAGACGGAAUUUCUUUGAUGGCCGUCUCGGCGUCCGGUCAAAUAAUUGGCGUUUGUUUAAACGGGAUUAUUCGUCGAAAUGAAAAUCGGGAGAAUUGUAACGAUGAUAACGACAACGAUGUUCAUGGUAACGAGAAAUUUUUGAAAAUUAUCCGGUUUUUGAGAUACGCCGAUAAAAUGAGUGAGAUUUUUGAGAAAUUUACUGAUGUUGAUAAGGUGCUUUGCGUGAAAAUUUUAUCAGUUGAUGGUAGCUUUAGAGGGAGAGGGAUUGCCAAACAACUUAUGGAUAGAACAAGACAAAUUGCUAAAGAGGAGGAUUUUGGACUUAUGAGAGGUGAUUGUACAAGUUAUUACAGUGCAAGAGCAUUAGCAAGACUGGGAUUUGAAUGCGUUUACACAUUAAAAUACGAAGAUUACACCGAAUUCGGUGAGGUCACGUUUUCGCCAUCACCACCACACGAUGCGUUUACAAUUUAUGUUCAACAAAUAAAUUAAAAACAAGGUAUAUGAGAAAAGUAAAGCACAACUUAAACCAAAGAUUAAAAAAGAUAGUAAUAAUAAAUGUUUUACAUGUUAAAUGUGAUAGUUCAAAUAAAAAAAAUUUUUAUUCUACAAAGAUAGGAUUAAACGAGGAAAAAAUUCUAUCUUGCAAAUUGACAAGGUCAUCUUAAGAGCAGUUGGAACAACGACGUUUGUUGUUGGGUUGUAAUAAUUCUUAAAGGCCCCUUCACCUCGGUAUUCUUGAAACAAUACGCGUAGUGUAUGUAAAUUGUGAGUAUUUAAAAUGCAUGUAAAGUUGAUGACACAUCUACUACUGCUCUCAUGACUACUGUUUUUUUGCUACAAAUCGCGCGAUCCGACCACCAACUCUUUGUAUUGUUUCAAUUGCAUAACAAUGAAUACAUUUUGCAAGAAGUUCAUAACGCGGUUUUGAACAGGUGUUUUAAUGUGGGUGUUUUCAAAUGCGCUCUAUUAAAAUGUUGGUUAAUUUAUUUUUUAAUUGUUUAGUUGAAUUAUAUAUUGAUUGGUUUUUUGUAUUAAUAAAAAUUGUUUUAAAAAUUA